CUUGGGUGGACUAAACAUUCGAAUGAUAGAUGUUGACGCGUUCGAAGGGCUGACAGAGCUGACCCACAUUGAUCUGAACAGCAACGAGCUCAAGGAAAUUCCCGAUAGUCUCUUCUACUCCAGUUAUCUAAAAAACAUAAAUUUAGGGUAUAAUCGCCUCCUGGCGGUGCCACCGAAUUUUAUAGAUAGCGUGAGUGAUAAUACUGUAUUUAUCAAAUUGGACCUGGAGAAGAACUUCUUGCAAAAUUUGCCGUAUCUGAGCAAUGCGAAUCGUGUGGUCGAUCUGACACUUUCGGGAAACCCUGUGCAGACGUUGCAGUACAACGACUUGUCUGGAUACACGUCACUGCAGGAGCUCAAAAUCGAGCGAAUGGGUCUGAAGCGGAUAU